AUGAAGACAUCGCAGAUCGUACUCACAUCGCUCUCCGUCCUCGGAGUGGCGGGUCUCGGAUACGCCGUCUACUUUGACCACCGUCGUCGAACCGACCCUGCCUUCCGCAAGAGUCUGCGCAAGGAGAGCAAAAAGACGUCCAAGGCCGACAAGAAGCAGGCCGCCAAGCGCGCACAGCAGGAGGAGGGCUUCAUCGAGGAGCUGCUGCAAGAGAUCCGUACACCUGGCGUCUUCCCAUCCGGCGUCGAGGAGCGCGAGCAAUACUUCCUCAAGUACGUCUCGCUCGGCGAACAGCUCUUCGCCAUGGGCACCGACAAGUACCUCGAUGCUGCGGCUGCCUUCUUCCGAGCGCUCAAGGUGUACCCUCAGCCGGUGGAGUUGAUCAUGAUCUACCAGAAGGCCGUGCCCAAGGAGGUGUUCGACACCAUCAUGAAGAUCGUCAGCAAGGACAUCGCUACGGGUGGUGGUGGAGAAGGUGCAGAUGGCAUGUCGGCUGCCAGCCUCGAUGAGGUGGAUGACGAUGGACCGUCCCCUGCUGCCGCCAAGAAGGUCGAUGCAGAUGCUGAGGACAAGGAGGACGAGGACAGCCAGGACAUGGAAGCUUCCACCUCGACCACCACCACCUCCUCCCCCGCAAAAGCACCAGCAGCACCCACCACCGACAGCGGAACCACUUCCAGCCAGGAAUGGGACACUCUCUCGGCUACCAGCCUCAACGAGACCGGCGUCAUGGUGCCCCCCACCGUUCCCGCCUCCACCUCGGAGCAGAGCGCAAGCUCGACCAAGCCCGAGGAGCCCAAGCCUUCCAGCAUCGACACGUCCGCCGAGUCGCUCUCGACACCAUCGCCGUCCAAGCAGAACUUCACAUCGGGCUGGAGCCCCGCGCCCGUUUUCGGAGGCGCUUCCAGCCCGCGCGCCGAGAAGAAGGCUUCGCUCGAGAGCGAUUCUGAGAAGUAA